AUGCUAUCUACUCAGAAAUCCAGCCAUCCUAUCUCGAUUCGUCCCUCCAGGGCCGAGCUCGAUACCUCGAAGCUAUCACCCCAAAACCUGGAAGUCGCGAUCAGAAGUCUUCACCAGGAUGGCCUGGUCAUGAUCGAAGAUUUGAUACCGCAUAAAGCGCUGGACUAUCUGAACGAAAAAAUGGUGUCCGACGGUUUGGCUCUUCAAGGCCGAAAGAAUGAGGGGCCCUACAAUUAUAACCGCGGCAACAUUCAGCAAGAUCCACCGCCGGUGAGACAGUAUUUCGACAAGAAUAUCUUCCUGAACCCCAUGGUCACCCAGGUGACAUCCACGAUGCUGGGCCCGAUGCCAAAAUGGACAUUUUGUUCUGGCAACAGCGCCAUGCCUCCGACACCAGAGACGCCUCCAACAUCUCAGCCAGUUCACUCUGACGCAGAUUUUGAGCACCCGAAGCAUCCGUUUGCUCUUGUUGUUAACGUGCCACUGAUCACGAUGACGCCAAAGAAUGGGUCAACGGAGAUAUGGCUGGGAACGCAUACAGAUACCGGGCUUGACGUUCAAGAGGGUCGGCAUGGGGAAAGAUCAAGUGGCAGAAUAAAUACCACGGCGCUCGAGAACCAGCGUGCUGUUCGCCCACCAUGUCAGCCUGUCGUUCCAAAGGGGGCUGUUGUCAUUCGGGAUUUGCGAUUGUGGCACUGCGGCGUCGGCAAUCAGACCGAAGAUGUGAGGGUUAUGCUCGCCAUGAUCCACUUUGCUCCCUGGUACCGCAACCCGAUGAAACUGGAGCUUGCAGACGACGUCAAAGAGAUAGUCGAGAAGGAGACGGAACUGGAAAUUCCUGUCAAUUGGGUUCCUCGUGAGCAAGCGCUUCAUCGGUACUUGAAUCGGGGAUUUGGUAAUUCGUACGAUUUCGGGCAAAGCCCGUGA